GCGAAGCGAUCUAACUACAAAACCCUAGGGUUAAAGCCUCACCCUCUUUCAAAGGUGAAGCGCCUCGUGAGCAGAAAGACACCACCGAGCUCCAAAGACCAGCGGCGUCAGGCGGCGGGACACAGCGUGAAUCUGCUCAAUCAACACCGAAAUGGCGGACAAGGCAGUAACUAUCAGAACAAGGAAGUUUAUGACAAAUCGUCUCCUCUCCCGGAAACAAUUUGUCAUUGAUGUCUUGCAUCCAGGAAGGCCUAAUGUUUCUAAGGCCGAGUUGAAGGAGAAAUUGGCAAGGAUGUAUGAGGUUAAAGAUCCGAAUGCCAUCUUUGUGUUCAAGUUCAGGACCCACUUUGGUGGAGGCAAAUCUACCGGAUUUGGCUUGAUCUACGACUCCGUUGAAAAUGCUAAAAAAUACGAGCCUAAAUACAGGCUCAUCAGGAAUGGUCUUGAUACCAAGGUAGAGAAGUCAAGGAAGCAGAUGAAGGAAAGAAAGAACAGAGCAAAGAAAAUCCGUGGUGUCAAGAAGACAAAGGCUGCUGAUGCUGCCAAGGCUGGCAAGAAGAAAUGAGUCACUCAGGAUUUGUGCUUUUUUGUUUUUGAAUAUGCGAAAAAUCUCAAUCGACUGUUAUUUUUGUUUUACCCUUAGGUUAAAUUAAGAUCCUUAAUUCAAAGUGGCAGAAUUUUGUUGAUGUUGAGGCUUGAAUCCUUAUUUUGAUUACAUUUUGUCGACAGCUUGAUUUUGGGAUAGUUUUCUUCUUCCUUUAUUA